AUGUUUUUCAAUCUUGUCGCACUCUCCCUCCUUCUCAGCAGCAGCCUCGCUGUUCCACUCGAAGUCGACCUUGAGAAGCGUAGCUGCCCUGGCGUUCAUGUCUUCGGUGCUCGCGAGACCAGUGUUUCUCCUGGCUACGGUUCAUCUAUCACAGUUGUCAAUGGUAUUCUGAGUGCCUAUUCAGGCUCCACCUCCGAGGCAAUCAGCUACCCUGCAUGUGGUGGACAAUCCUCCUGCGGAGGGGUGAGCUAUUCCAGCUCAGUUGCUCAAGGAAUUAAAGCUGUCGCCUCGGCUGUGAAUGCGUACAACUCACAGUGUCCCCAGACAAAGCUCGUUCUAGUUGGAUACUCCCAGGGUGGUGAAAUCAUGGACGCGGCUUUGUGCGGCGGCGGUGUCCCUAACCAAGGUUACACGAACACUGCCAUCCCGUUGUCGUCUUCCGCUGUGAACAUGAUCAAGGCAGCAAUCUUUAUGGGCGACCCGCUGUUCAAGGCUGGCUUAUCAUACGAUGUUGGAACAUGCGCUGCAGGAGGUUUCGACGCACGUCCCGCUGGCUUCUCAUGCCCGUCGGCUAGUAAGAUCAAGUCGUACUGUGAUGCUGCCGAUCCGUACUGCUGCAACGGCAGUAACGCCGCAACCCACCAGGGCUAUGGAGCCGAGUACGGAUCGCAGGCCAUAGCCUUUGUCAAAUCAAAGUUGUCCUAG